CCAGAGCAGGUGGCGUCGGCAAGGGGCACGUCAGACCAAAGCGGGUCAUUGCACGAUCUGUGGACUUUACCACCUUACAUCAGGCCAGUUGCGCAAGCAAAAGAGCCACCGCAGGCAACCAGGGAAGGAGCUUUUCGUAGCAAGGGCCUCCGAGAAGUCUUUCUGCCACCAUGGGGACAGCAUCGUCCAAGGAAGACGCCGCUUCUGCAAAGACCCCCGAGGCGUCGGUCCCCUUCAGCAUCACAGAUGUCUUCCUGUUCUCCGUCAUCAUCGGCCUCUUGACAUACUGGUUUUUCUUCCGCAAGAAGAAGGAAGAAGUCCCAGAUUUCACCAAGAUCCAGCCGCCAAACACAGGUCAGUCGACAAAUGAGGGCAGCUUCAUUGAGAAAAUGAAAAAGACGGGAAGAAAUAUCGUUGUGUUCUACGGUUCUCAGACGGGGACAGCGGAAGAGUUUGCCAACCGCCUCGCCAAAGAUGCCCACCGGUAUGGGAUGCGGGGCAUGUCUGCCGACCCGGAGGAGUAUGAAUUGUCGGACCUGAGCCGCCUCUCGGAGAUCGACAAGUCCCUGGCAGUCUUUUGCAUGGCCACCUACGGCGAAGGGGACCCCACGGACAAUGCCCAAGACUUCUACGAUUGGCUUCAGGAGACGGACACUGAUCUUUCUGGCCUCAAAUACACAGUGUUUGGGCUCGGGAACAAGACCUACGAACACUUCAACGCCAUGGGGAAGUACGUAGACAAACGCCUUGAAGAACUGGGAGCCCAGCGGAUCUUUGAGCUUGGCUUGGGAGACGACGAUGGGAACCUGGAAGAAGAUUUCAUCACAUGGAGGGAGCAGUUCUGGCCAGCUGUGUGUGAGCACUUUGGUGUGGAAGCUACGGGCGAUGAAUCCAGCAUCCGCCAGUAUGAACUGGUUGUCCACACCGACAUCAACGCAAACAAGGUUUACACUGGGGAAAUGGGCCGGCUGAAGAGCUACGAGAACCAGAAACCGCCUUUUGAUGCGAAGAACCCCUUCUUGUCUCCAGUGACGGCAAACCGGAAGCUCAACCAAGGUGGGGAAAGGCAUCUCAUGCACCUUGAGGUGGACAUCACCGGUUCCAAAAUCAGAUAUGAAUCGGGAGACCAUGUUGCUGUGUAUCCAGCCAAUGACACCUUGUUGGUGAACCAGCUUGGAGAGAUCUUGGGGGCCGAUUUGGACACAGUCAUCUCCCUGAACAACUUAGAUGAGGAGUCCAACAAGAAGCAUCCGUUCCCCUGCCCCACUUCCUACCGGACUGCCCUGACCUACUACCUGGACAUCACCAACCCACCGCGCACCAAUGUCCUUUAUGAGUUGGCCCAGUAUGCAACUGACGCCACUGAGCAGGAGCACCUCCGCAAGAUGGCUUCCUCCUCUGCCGAAGGGAAGGCCCUGUACCUUAGCUGGGUGGUGGAAUCUCGGAGGAACAUCCUGGCCAUUUUGCAAGAUACGCCUUCCCUGCGGCCACCCAUUGACCACCUCUGCGAGCUGUUGCCGCGUCUCCAGGCUCGCUACUACUCCAUCGCCUCUUCCUCCAAGGUGCAUCCCAACUCCAUCUCCAUCUGUGCGGUCGUGGUGGAGUACACCACAAAAACGGGCCGGGUGAACAAAGGGGUGGCCACCAACUGGCUGAUGAACAAGCAACCCAUAGACAACGGCCACAAGUCCAUGGUGCCCAUGUACGUCCGCAAGUCCCAGUUCCGGCUGCCAUUCAAAUCUUGCACUCCCGUCAUCAUGAUUGGACCCGGCACAGGGAUCGCCCCCUUCAUGGGAUUCAUACAGGAGCGGGGCUGGCUCAAGCAACAAGGCAAGGAGGUUGGCGACACGGUGCUCUAUUAUGGUUGCCGGCAUGCGAACGAGGACUACCUUUACAAGGACGAACUGGCCCAGUUCCUCAAGGAAGGGGCCCUCACGCAGCUCAACGUGGCUUUCUCCCGGGAUCAAGCUGAGAAGAUUUACGUUCAGCACCUACUGAAGAAGAACAAGGAGAACGUUUGGAAGCUGAUCCAUGAGGAUAAUGGCCACAUCUAUGUGUGCGGUGACGCCCGCAACAUGGCCCGCGAUGUGCAGAACGCCUUCUAUGAGAUCGUGGCCGAAUACGGGAAGAUGAGCCAGCAGCAGGCGGUGGACUACAUCAAGAAGCUAAUGACCAAGGGCCGCUAUUCCUUGGACGUCUGGAGUUAAGGGGGGGAUGUCACUCGCUGGGGAGAGGAGGUGGGGUGCUUCUCAGGUGGCUGCUAGGAGAGUAAGGAAGAGGCUCCAUAGUUUGGCUCCCUCUGUCUCCGACGCAUUCCUUCUUAGGCUGUGUCCACACAGGCUUUGGGGUUCUUCGGGGGGACAUUAGGCCAGAUCCAGCCAGGCACAGCCGGAGUACCAGCGAAACCCUGUCAUAUCUGUACUUUCUUUCUCUUCUCUUUCACCUGGGAGCAGCCGCUGUUGCGUAGAUGUGCGUAAGGGGUAUGUGUUCCUCUAGACACCUUCCUUUCUUCUUUUUUUGCCGGGGGAGAAAGAAACUCCAUCUUUGUCUUGCAGGCAUCUCUUGUUUGUUUUGAUGGGACACAUCCCUGUGAGACUUGGAUGUCGUUUGCAACUCGAAAAUGCGUAACGUCCCUCUUCUGUCCUCCUCCUGCCUUUCCGUCUUUGCCUGUCAAACAGGCCGCAUCUUUUCCUGGGCUGUUCUGGAAGCCUUUCUUGCUCAGAGGACCCGCGCGGAGAAGGCACGGCUUUGCACUUCUCAUAUUUAAAGCCAACCAUGGGGUUAAAUAGGGGCAGGGUGGGUGGAAAGUAAAGCGGCUCGUUCUUUUAGCAUUCUGUCCUGGUAGCUUGGACCUGGUAGGCAGCAACGAUUUGCACAAGGAACCAGUGAGAAAUUGUACUCUUGCUCCCCUCCGAGUGCGAAACGGCACUUUGGGGGCAGUGAGGAUGGAUUGGGGCAAUGGAUCUCUCUGCCUGGAUGGAGGAGGACAUCUCUGCAUUGAACUGUGUUUUCUUUUCACUCUUCCCCUCAGUGGGGAAGCCCUUUCUGGUUUAGACCAGCAGCCGAGUGCCAGGCAUUUCCUUAGCUGGCGAGACACGCCAUGAAGAUUGUCAAAAUACUGGGCCAACUGAGGCGGGAGCGUGGCUUGCGGUGCCUUCUCAAGGUGGCCCCUGCCCUUCCUCUUCGCGUCCGUUUGCCUCUCAGGCCACUUUGAAGCUGUUGCUGUCCGAGGACCGACAAAAACGUGUAUUUGUGCAUUUGGGAGUUGAGCAGGCUGUCGGCUCAAUGUACAUAAUUUUAGGAGACUCGCUCUUCAAAUAAAAUAAACCAUGAUUCUUCGGCA